AUCACUAACAGUUACAUUUUUCUUCAUUUUGCAGGUCGGGCUCGGCAAACCAGUGUCUGUAGAAUCAUACCUGCGUCUGCGCAGUCAUGCUGGCCUGUCUGCAGAGGAGGCAGAACCCUGCACUCCAGCACGCCACGGCCGUCUGCAGCAGCAGCAAGAAUCUUGAGCCAACGCAACACAUCAACCGCAAAUGUGAGCUGACUGUCCCCAUGCCUUCCCCGCGCUACCCCAGCGCAGCAGAGCUGGAUGCCUACGCGCAGAAGACGGCCAACAGCCCUCUGUCCAUCAAGAUCUUCCCCACCAACAUCAGGGUCCCCCAACACAAGCACCUUAACCGGACUGUGAACGGAUACGACACCACCGGACAGCGCUACAGCCCCUACCCACACCUCCACACAGGGGGCUACCAGGGUCUGUUAGCGAUGGUCAAGGUCUCAUUGUCGUCAUCCUCAUCUUCCUCGUCAUCUUUCGCACCCUCCACAAAGGGCGUCCUCAAAAACUCAGAGGGCAGGAGGACUAAGUUGUCUCCGGCGCAGAUAGCAGUGGCUCCUUAUCCGCCUCCCAACAGCAGCACUUUAGGUCAUUGCCACGGACAGAUUGUGUACCACACAGGGCCUCCCAAACCGCCAGAGGCCACCGCUCUGGCGGUCCCCCCUAAUGUCACUGUGGCCAGCUCCAUGAUCCCUGUUGCGGGGGGUCGAGGAUUGAACCUCCCUCCUCAGUCGAAUCUUCCCUCCAUCCAGAGCAUCAUUUACCAGAUCAACCAGCACUGCCAGGCCCAGGCUCUACAGCAGGUGUGUCAGAACGGGGCAUCGACGGGACCGCCGAACCCCAGCCCAUCCAAACCGGGCACUGCUAACUCCUCAGGGGGGACUUACGUCACUAGUGUGGCUCCGCAGGGAAACAUGGCCUAUUCAGGGACGGUGCUGCCAGGGCACAACGGGGAGGCGAUGAAGGCCGGGGUGUAUCCCGACGGUAUGGACUACCUCCUGUGGCAAAAACAGCAGCAGCAGCAGGUGGUUUUGAGGAUGUACAGCGAAGGGAGCGGAGGCGGAGGUGCCAUAAGCAAGUCGCCCGAAACCUGCGCCCCAGGAGGGUCCAUCAUGCUCGGAGGGGCGCAAGUGUCCUCCUCCAGAGGUUACCCGAUGACGGCCAGUAUGAGCGGUGGGGGUGGGCUGGACAAGGUCAGCUCCUCCCCUUUGAACUGUGUGGGGAUGCAUGGGAACUUUUCUGUCGGUCAGUACUUUGCACCGCCGUGGAACAGCGUUCUGGUGACGCCGGACAGCGACUGCUACAACCCACAGGAGCUUCCAGGAGCUACGACCACAGCUGGACCGGUGACGGGACACAGGGAGUUGGGAUUCCCCCACCCUCACCAGCACCCUCAUCAUCAUCACCACCACCAUCAUCACCACCCGCCCAUAGACAGCACGGGUGGUCUGUGCUGCAGUUUGCCCAGUAAGAGUCUAUGUAAUACGUCAGUGUUGAGCAGCAGUCUGCAGUCACUGGAAUACCUGAUCAAUGACAUCCAUCCUCCCUGCAUCAAGGAGCAGAUGUUGGGGAAGGGAUACGAGACCGUGUCUGUGCCGAGACUAUUGGACCACCAGCAUGCACACAUACGCCUCCCUGUUUACAGAUAAGAAGAGACGGGGCUGACUGAUAUAAAGAGCGACUGCAAAAUCUUUAAUCACAAACUGCAGUUGUUGCCAUUGCCUAGAUUUGCAGUGGAGUUUGGUGAUCCUGCUCAAAGCAGACUGGGGGAGAUCUGGAUCAGAAUACGGUUGGGUGAAUGCUGGAAAGCCAAUCGGUGCCUCUCGGCUCAGAGCUGGGAGAGAAUUGCUGGCUGGGAAUUGGAAUGUUCCUAAAUGUGGAUUCUGUGAUUCUUUUCUCUCUUUUUGCCAAGAGGGAUUUUUUUUUGUUGUUUUCCAAUUGUUUUUCUAUUUUUCCUUUC